GCAGGCAUAAUGGUUUCCACUAGAUUUCAACUAUUUCUUCCCCUAAUUUUGUUACCGGUCAUCGGUACUCAAGCCGUUGAUAUGUUCAACUGUCUUGACGCCUUUCCUAACACCACCAUUCUCAAUAGUACCUAUCUCAAAAACGUUAAUGGAGUUUUGUCCUCCCUCAUCUCCUCCAACAAUAGUAACGGCUACGGGUUUUACAGUUCUGCUUAGGGCGAAAACUCUGACAAAGUUUAUGCAAUCGGGCUCUGUAGAGGGGAUCUGAAGCAUGAUGCUUGCGUUACUUGCCUCAACGCCUCCAGAUAUGAUCUCAUGGAGGUUUGCCCUAAUGACAGGGAGGCAAGUUUGUGGACAGAAAAAUGCAAGUUACGCUACUCGAACCACUCCAUGCAUGGAACCGUGGAAUUGAUUCCAUCUUCCACGGGGUACAGCAACAAAAAUGUAUCGUCGUCGUUGUCGGUCCUGGAAGGGUUUAACCAACGGCUGAUGGCGUUGCUGGGAGUACUAAAAGUUGAAGUAGCGGCUGGCGGUGAUGUUGUUAAGUUUGCAGUGGGAAAUGCAAAUGUUUCUAUAUAUUCUAAGAAUAUAAGUACAAUAUAUGGACUUGCGCAGUGCAGUCCAGAUUUUUCAGAGCUGGGAUGUAACAAUUGCUUAGAUGAAGCUUUAGAAAAGAUCCAAAUGUAUUGUUAUGGGAGUGGUUUUGGGAGCUAUGUUAAUCCCAGCUGUGACGUAUAUUAUCAGGUUGAUCACCUCUUCUUUGACCCUGCAGCUCAGACGGUACCAGUGGCAUUGCCACCAUUAAUAUCUCCACCUUCAGCCAAUGCAAGAGGAAAGAAGAGCAACAUAUCUCAAACUCUCAUCGUUAUUUUCGUGUCGAUCCUACUUCCUUUCAUCGUUAUGCUUUGAUCCGAUGUGUAUAGCUUCCAUGUAUUAGUUUGGAGAUAAUAUGUUGACAGAAAAAUAGUGCUUGUUAUACUGUUCUUUUAUCCAGAGAAGGAAUAGAAUCUUAUGUAUGUAAAAAGGUAUACAUUUUGUGGUUGUUGAAUGCAACAAGAAGAAAGAAAUUGGUAUGUAUGAUC